GCCCAUCAGACCCGGGCACCUGCCCUGCUCUCAGGUCCCUAGACCGGCCCGGCCUGGCUGGUGGCGGCACUCUAACACCCUCUGAAUGGCUGACUCGCUCAACUGCAGGUCUGCAGCUCUUCCCGGCCCUCCGAAGGAAAGGCCAGCAAAGACAAAUGCCAACGUGGACAGCUCAGCACCCCCGUCGGUGGCCCAGCUGGCCGGGCGGUUUCGGGAGCAGGCGGCUGCAGCCACAGAGACACCAGCCACUAAGCCAACAAGAAGGAAACCACCCUGCUCCCUCCCCCUGUUCCCCCCCAGGGUAGAGCUGGGCCAGAAUGGUGAGGAGAAAUCACCGCCCAGUGCUGGCCACCCGCCCAAAGUCAAGGUGAAGAGCUCGCCCCUGAUCGAGAAGCUCCAGGCCAAUUUAACCUUCGAUCCAGCGGCUCUGCUGCCCGGGGCCUCGCCCAAGAGUCCUGGACUCAAGGUCAUGGUGUCACCGUUUCACAGCCCCCCGUCCACCCCCAGCAGUCCUGGCGUGCGGCCCCGGCCUAGCGAGACAGAGGAGGUGCCUGUCAGCUUCGACCAGCCACCCGAAGGUAGUCACCUGCCCUGUUACAAUAAGGUGCGGACAAGGGGCUCCAUAAAAAGGCGGCCUCCCUCCAGGCGGUUCCGAAGGUCGCAGUCGGACUGCGGGGAGCUGGGGGAGUUCAGGGCCUCUCAGGAGAACGGCACCCGGGAGGAGAACGGGGAUGAAGUCUUCACAGCCAGGAGCAGGGCCCCAGGGGCGCCCCCGGCCAGCCAGGGGCCAGAGGGAGAGGGGGACAGGGGAACCCCAGGAUGCCAUGGGAAGCCAGAGGAGAAGGCCAGCACCCCAGGGGAGGCCAAGCAAGGGGAGGCCGGGCAGAAUUCAGCAGCAGCUGGCCAGAGCCCAGCACAGGAGGCCCCAGAACCUCCCCAAACGGCCAGCCCAGAGCGAGGGGCUGGGCCAGGGGGCCGGGUGCAGGAGGAGGCAGCCGGAGAGGAGAAGGAGAGGGCAGAGCCCACGGAGAAGGGGGAGAGCGAUGGAAACGGAGAGGACCCGCCUGGACGCCAGGGCCAAGGUGCUGAGGAGCCGGAGUGUGAAGCUGUCGGGGACGGGGCCCCUCAGCGUUCUCCUGAAGACCUGAAGGACGGCCAUGUCCCUGCACAGGAGCAAGGCCAGGGAAAGCCAGAGGAGCCGGCGGCUCUGCAGCCAGGCUCCAGCCACGCCACACUGGAGGCCAGCAGCAAGGUCCCCACGGAUGACAGCCCCUUCCAGGAUACCAAAAUGUGAAAAGGAGCUCGUGGUCCCUAGUGGCAAGGCUGCUACAGACAUCUCUUUGGAAGUGGCAGCAAAAAUGGUAGCAGCAGCAGCAGCAGCAGCAGCAGCAAAAGAAGCCAUCGCAGAAGCAGAAGAUGCCGUCUGAAGCCGGCAGGGGACACGGGAACCCGGACGGCUGUUCCUGGCCUCCAUGCCCAACGUCCCGGUGGAUGGAGAGUGAGUCCACGGGCAGCAGCUUAUCAGCUUGAGCUUGUGUCAACUGAUGGACUCUGUCAAUGUUUAAAGCCACUGGCUGGUGACAGCUCCCAGGGAAUGGGACAGCCUGAGGACCCUGGGCACCCCCCCCCCUGCAGCCCACCGCCUGUUGAGCUGCCUGGGCUGACCUGAUGCUGCCUGUGUUCAGUUCAGCCUUUCGCUAGUCUAAGAUCUCUGUGGUUCUCCAAGGUCAGUAAAAGUUAACUUUGGGUGGGCAGAAAGGAAGAAAAUCAUCUUGCUGAAAACAGAAUUCCUGUAAGUUAUAGAAACUCUUAGACUGUAUCAAAGCCCCAGAGACAGCUUUUCAGCUUCUGCUCAUGUGAGCUGCCAGCAGAUUCUGAAAACACUGGGCCCAAAGAGAUACUUACUGCAGCCUUAAAAAGAAAAAAGGUUGGCUUAUUCCACCCCAGGAGCCCUCCUGUCCACCGCCUCCAGCUGAGACUCCCAGUGGGUGCUGGCUCAGGGCAAGCCUGCUGCCACCAGGAGGGGGCCUGGGGGACUCCACAGACAGCUGGUGGCCAAGCUGGGCCCCUGAGCCACGCUGGCUGAUUGCGCCCGCCUGCGUGGCCGUCGGUGCCCACUGGCUGUCUCCAGGAGGAGCCUCGAGCUCCCGGACACCCCCUGCCCCUGCAGACACCCCUCCUGCUCCCCUGGCUGGAGCCUCUCCUGAGCCUCAGCCCGGCCCUUCUGCUGACCCAGGCAGGUCUGUCCUCACGGGUGGCUCGUGUUUAAUAGCGCUGGAGAGGACGUGGAGGUGCAAGGCCCGGCCACCGCUCCUUGGCCCGUGAGGGGAGGGGUCCCUUCGUGUGCCUGGGGUCUUCUCUGCUUGGCAUCUAGUGCCUCAGCAGCUGGUGUGGCAGUGGGAGCCUGUCAGGCCCCUCGGCCCCUGGCGUCACAACAGUGCCAGACAGAAAGGCCUUGUGUCACCAGGGUACCUCAGGUUUCUCAUCCAGUUUAGUCUUUCUAAACCCAGCACAGUGUUCACAUUUGAGAUUCUCCUGUACUUUUUUCAAAUUGUUUUUAAAUAGUUCGUAACUUUGUAAAGAACUUGAAACCUGGUUGGGACGAUACUGUGGUUGCUAUGAUAAACUCUAGAUUUUAA